AUGGAAGACCACGGACGAGAGCUGUGCGGCGUCGAGGACGACUUCCACAGCCGGUUUGCGGAUGAGCUGGAGGUGCUGGCUGAGCUGGAAGCCCCCAGGGUCAAACGGCCCAGGCUGGAGGUGGUCAAGAAGCUGAACUUCAGGCCAGAGGAGAUGCAGGAGCCACUGUCCCCCGACUGCCAGCUAAGGGACAUCACCCCCCCACCAAGUCCUGAGAUUCCCACCAAGCUGUGGAGCCACGGAGUCUUGGAUGCUGCUGCUGAUGCAGGUCUCAUGCGGGCCUCGUCCGCUGCCCACCGUCUUGUCCUGAGGCGGCCCCCCAUCUUGGAGAACUACAUCCAUGUGACAUCCACGGGGGGCGACCGGGCCUUUCUGGUGCUACAUGCUGACCCCGUGGGCUUAGGGGUGCAGAGCCCUCUCCUUGACAUCUGGUGGCGAGGAUGUGGCCAGCUGGACCUCCUGAGUGUGCCCUUCGCCUCCCUGAAGGAGCAGGUGGACAGUGAGCGGCGGCUUGAGGAGGCCCAGCGGCUCUCAGACACCCUACGCAGCCUCGGGCCAGAGGAGGAGGCGGCUCAGCUGGUGGAGUCACCUAUGGAGGAGCCGGCUGAUAGCCAGGACACCUUCCAGUACUGCCUCUGGGUGGACAAGUUUGCGCCCCAGCGCUACACAGAGCUACUCAGUGAUGAUUUCACCAACCGCUGCCUCCUCAAGUGGCUGAAGCUGUGGGACCUGGUGGUGUUUGGCUAUGAGAGGCCCAACCGGAAGCCCAGGCCCAGGGUGGAACUGGCCCAGGUCAGCAAGGAGGCCACUGCCCCAGGCAAGUGGAAGAGCCAUGAGCAGGUCCUGGAGGAGAUGCUGGCGGCUGAGCUGGAUGCCAGCCAGCGACCCCGGCAGAAGGUGGCGCUGCUGUGUGGGCCCCCAGGGCUGGGCAAGACCACACUGGCGCAUGUGGUGGCGAGGCACGCAGGAUACUCCGUGGUGGAGAUGAACGCCAGUGAUGACCGCAGCCCCGAGGUCUUCCGCAUGCGCAUCGAGGCGGCCACACAGAUGGAGUCCGUGCUGGGCGCCAGUGGGAAGCCCAACUGCCUGGUCAUCGACGAGAUCGAUGGUGCCCCCAUGGCUGCCAUCAAUGUCCUCUUGAGCAUCCUGAACUGCAGGGGCACGCAGGAGGUGGAGCCGAGGAGCACAGCCACACCUUUGGGUGGGGGUCGGCGUCGUCGGACUGAGGGGGGCCUCCUAACCAGGCCCAUCAUCUGCAUCUGCAAUGACCAGUUUGCACCGUCCCUGCGGCAGCUGAAGCAGCAGGCCUUUGUACUCCACGUCCCGCCCACUGUACCCUCGCGGCUGGUGCAGCGACUCCAGGAGAUAUCACUGCGUCAGGGCCUGCGGGCCGACCCGGGUGCACUGGCAGCCCUCUGCGAGAAGACGGACAAUGACAUCCGCGCCUGCAUCAACACCCUACAGUUCCUGCACAGGCAGGGCCGUCGGGAGCUGAGCAUGCAGGCCGUGCAGACUACACGCGUAGGCCUCAAGGACCAGCACAGGAGCCUCUUCUCAGUGUGGCAGGAAGUCUUCCAGCUGCCCCGCACCCAGAGGCGCCACUUGGGCCAGGACCCAAUGCUGCCUGCCCAUGCGUUCCUGUUGGACGAUGGAAACAUGGGCUCCCUGACCACUGCUGCACAGCGGUUCCACCAUGUCCUGCACGUCGCGGCAUCCGCAGGCGAGCAUGAGAAGGUGGUCCAGGGCCUGUUUGACAACUUUCUGCGUUUGCGCCUGCGCGACUCCAGUCUGGGCACCGUGUGCGUGGCCCUCGACUGGCUGGCCUUCGAUGAUCUGCUGGCACGGGCUGCCCACUCUGGCCAGAACUUCCAGUUGCUGCGCUACCCGCCCUUCCUGCCUGCUGCCUUCCACGUGCUCUUCGCAUCCUGCCAUGUGCCUCGGAUGGUCUUCCCCAGCAGCCAGCAGGAGGCCCAGACCCGGAUGAACCAGACAAGGAACCUGCUCCAGACACUGGUGGCGGGCAUCACGCCAGCCAUGCGCAGCCGGACCACACCCCAGGCCCUCCUCCUGGAUGCCCUCUGUCUGAUGCUUGACAUUCUCAUGCCCCGACUACGCCCUGUGAGCACGCAGCUAUACAGUGCUCGUGAGAAGCAGCAGCUGGCCAGCCUGGUGGGUACGAUGCUCGCCUACAGCCUCACCUACCACCAGGAACGUACAGCUGAUGGGCAAUAUGUCUACAGGCUAGAGCCGAAUGUGGAGGAGCUCUGCCGUUUCCCAGAGCUGCCCACCCGCAAACCCCUCACCUACCAGGCCAAGCAACUCAUCGCCCAUGAGAUAGAGGUGGAGAAGAUGAGGCGGGCAGAGGUUUCAGCCCGGGCUGGGGGCAGCUUCCAGGUGAGCCCUUCUCCCAGGUGAGCCCUUCCCCAGGUGGGGUUCGAGGGUCUGCUGGGGGGCACUGGGGAGAAAGGGGUAUGCCAACCUGCCCCACGCAACCACGAGCAGCGGCUGGAGCACCUCCUGAGGAGAGUGGCCAAGGAGGAGCAGACCGAGAGGGACUUCUUUGGACGUGUGGUGGUCAGGAGAACGGCAGCCCUGAGUGCAGGUGACCCAGCCCCGAAGCAGGACGCAGUGGAGUGUGUGGGCAUGGCCGGCAGCAGCGCAGUGUGGUUCCGCUUCAACGAGGGCGUCUCCAAUGCCGUGCGUCGCAGCGUAUUCAUCAGGGACCUACUCUAA